AUGAAUAAUUCAAUUAAUUCAUAGUAAAUUGAACCAAAGAAUAAACCAGUUAUAUAAGAUCAUUCAAAUAUUUUUUAAGUGGAAAAGAGAUCAACUUCUAAGAUGUUUUGGAAUAAAAGGAUAAUUCAAUUCUAAAAUGGAAUGUUAAGUUAUUUUAAAGUUCCAAAAUGUAAUUUAAAAUUUGAUUUAUGAAAAAUAGAGAUGAAUGAAUUAAGUAAAAUGUAACCAAAGAUUUCAGUUAUAAUAGAAAAUAUAUUAUAUAUAGGACCCCCAGAAAAAGCUAAAAAGUAAAAUUCAAUAGAAAUAACAUUUAUGGCAAAAGAUUCAAUUAUACCUUCUAAAAUGAAAAAUAGAAGCACAAAUAUGAGUAUAAACAGUAGUUAUGGAAGAGAUUUAAUGGCUGCGCAAUAACCAAUAGUAAUAACAAAGAAAAAGGAGAUAAUAAUAUGGGAAAUAUCAUUUUCUAAACCAGAGACUUUAAAAGAAUUUACUUAAAUAAUUGAUAAAGUGAAACAUCCUGAAAAAUAUUAAUAGUAAGAAUAAUAAAUUUAGAGUCAAAUAUAAUAAUCAUCAGCAUAAUAGACAUCUUUAUAAUAAUCUGAAAUAUUAAAGUAAAAAAGUAGUAUUUAAUAACAAUAAGAUAUGAAUGAAAAAGAGAAUUAAGAAAAAGAGAAUUAAUAAAAGGAAGCCGAAUAGAUGUAAUUGCAAUUAGAAAUAUAAAAAUCUGAACAAUAAUAAAAAUAAGAAGAAUUAUAAAUAUAGAUCUAAAAGGAGAAGGAAAUUCAUGAAUCUGAAUUGAAAAGCAGAAUUGAAAAGGAAUAAUAAUUAGAAAAAGAAAAUAAAAUAUUAUAGAAGAAAAUAGAAGAGUAAAAUAAAUAAGAAUAGUAAUUAUAGACUAAAGAAGAAUAAAAGAAAAAUAUAGUUAAAAAUAAAAUAAAAACAGCAUGGAAUUAUAAUUAUUUAUAAGCAAUAGAAUUAGCAAAUAUGAAAGAUCCAAAAACAAUAGAGGAAUGCAUUACAAAUAGUUUUGUUUUGCAUGAAUCAAUAGGUAGAAUGAGAGAUCAUGCAAUUGAUAUUUGUUAAAUGAUAAUUGAUGAGUUAUGUUUACCAAAUUAAAUGAAAACAAUAAAACCAACAGAUUGUUUAAAUGAAGAUAAAUAUAUAAUGUAUAAUUAAUAAGAUAAUACAAUUGAUUUUGGAGAUGAUUUUUAUUGUUAUGAUGGAUUAUUCAUAAAAUUAUCAUUUUGUUAAUUGAAAUCUUAAGAAAUAUAUACAUAAUAGGGUAAAUAAGAAAUAUAAAUAUAUGAAGAAUCUUAAUUAAAGGCAUUAGGAAAUGGUAUAUUUUAAUUAUAAUUAAGAUAGAAUUUCGUUAUCUAUCUUUAUUAGCUGAUUAGAUUGAACUUUUAAUAUAAGAGGAAUCAAAUUAUCCUUUAAGAGUUCCAUUAUCAUGUAUAAUAGAUUAUAAAGGAAUAAGAGCAUUUGUUUUAGCAAUACCUCCAAUAGAUGAUACUACAUUAAUACAUGGUCCAACUUUAGAUGGUUAAUUUGUUACAAAUAAUGCUAUUUAAUAAUAUAUGAAUUAAAUAGGAGUUAAAUUAAAUUUAAAAUAACAUAAAUUCUUUGAAGAUUAAUUAAUUAGUAAUUUAAUACCAAUGAGUUUAUUUUAAGAAGUUCAUAAAAUUAAUAAAGAUUAUAUUGAAUUAAGAUGGAUUGAAAAUGAAUAGAAUUUAAAUGAAUUUCCACCUUAGAAUUUAUCUUUGUAUUAUUUAUUGAAAUGUGGUGAUUUAAUGCCUGUAAUUCUAUAAGAUAAUUUACAAAAUACUUUUAGAUUGAGACCAGAAUUUGUAAGAAGUUGGAAUAAACCUUUAAAUUCAGAUUCAUAUUUAAAAUAAAUUAAACUAUCUGAAACUGAAGCAGAUUAUAAUGAAUUAAAAUAAGCAUCAAACUAUUUAUAAAAUCAACUUUUAAAUGAUCUUAUUAAUAAAUUUGAAUCUCUUGAAUAUUUACCAAUUGAUUCAAUUUAAUUAAGUGAAUAAUUACAUUAAUCAGGUAUUAAUAUAAAAUAUAUUGGUAAAAUAUGUUAAAUGUGUUAAUUAUAACAUAUUAAAGAUUUAUGUAUAUGUGAUAUGAUUAGUAGAGUUUGUAAGAAAGUUCUUAGAAAUAAUUUAGCAGAUUUAAUGAAAAAUCUAAAAUAUUAGUUAUCUUAAAAAUUGUAAAGUGAUUAAUCUAAUAUUUUAGAAUUCUCUAUGAUUUAAGAAUUAACAACUAAAGAUGUUUAAGAUACUAAUAUUGUAUUAGAAUUAUCAUCUAAAUUAAUUAAUGAAUGUUGUUUAGACUUCUUCAAUCUAUUAUUAGGAGUAGGAAAAGAAUCUGAUAUAUUUUGGAUAUAAAUUAUAUAAAAAUAGAUAUGGUAUGAUUAUUCAUACAAUCUUGAUGUUACAUCUAGAUUUUCUAUAUAAUUCAAAGGAAUGUUAUUAUAUUGUCUUUAAUAAUAAUGUGAUAUAUCAUUCACAAUAUCUUCAACUUUAAUUAAUGGAAUGUUUAAAGAAGCAUUUCCUUUAAAAGAAAAACCUUAAUUCAAUGCUUAAUAAAAGUCUUAUUAAUUGAAUACAUCAAAAAUAGCUAGAAAAUCAAAAAGAAGGAAUAUUAUGAAUUAAGAAUAGAUAUUUUAAUCCAUCAAAUGGUCUUUAGAAUUAUGUUUAAUACGAAAAGAAGGAGAUGAAGUUUUUGCUAAUUUAUUAUGUGAAGAAAGUUGUGAAAAUGCAAAUAAAGCACUUUGUUUUACUAAACCUGGCCAUCCUAUUUAAAUUAAACCUUUAUUACAAAUUCUUUAAGUGAGCAUGAAUAAUUUAGAUAUUGCACUUUAAUAUUUUGAAUAAAUCCUUUAAAUUCUUGAUUCCUAUUUUGGAUCAUCACAUCCUAAUUAUUUUAUAAUUUACUCAAUUUUUGGACAUUAUUUAAUGGAAAGCGGUUAUUUUAAUGAUACUUUAAAUUUAUAUGAAAGUGCUUUAUAAUGUGCAAUUAGGUUAUUUUAAGUUCAUCAAUGUAUUGCAGAUAUUUAUUCAGAUAUUGGUUAAUUACAUUUUUUAAAAAAAGACUAUAACAAUGCAUCUGUAAAUUAUAAUAAAGCUAUCUCGAUAUAUGAAAAAUGCAAUUAAUAUCAAUCUUAUAAAUAUGCCAAUAUCCUCUUUCUACAAGGAUAAUUAUUAUUUAUUCAAGAGUCAUUUGAAAAAGCAAGUCAAUAAAUUGAAACUGCAAUUGAUAUAUUGUAUUAAUUUGAAUAUUCAUAAACUGAUCUUUUAAUGGAGGCUAUCAAAUUAUUAAUUCAAAUUAGUAAUUCUUAAAAUAAAUAAAGUAAUAUUAAUUAAUUACAUUUAUAACUUCAACUUUUAUAGAUGAGACAUUCCAUUAUGUAAUGA